AUGUCGCCGUUUAUCCAGAACUCCAAGGGAAAAACUUCCCUUCAGCUUGCUAUCACCGUCACAGCUGCUUCUUGUCCACUUACCAUUUGUUUAAACAUCUUGGUAAUUGUAGCAAUCAUGAAAAUAAGAAAGUUACAGACAAAUUCCAACAUUUUGAUCGCUAGUUUGGCCAUGGUCGAUCUUUUGGUAGGAGCAGUUUCUAUGCCAAUGGCAAUCAGUGUUGAUGCGCUCAUUGUUCGAGGAACAUUAUCAGAAAGAUUGCUGUGUGCAAACAUUUAUAUACUGUACACUACUGCCGCUGCAUCUUUUAAUCAUUUGAUUUUAAUAGCUUGGGAGAGAUAUGUGGCGAUAGCGAGAUGGACGGAAUACAAACUUAUAGUGACAAAGGAACGCGUAAAGAGAUAUGCAGGGAUCGCUUGGAUAACAGCCAUUCUAACAGUCGCGUUUUAUGUCACAUUUACAGCAUCUGAUACUCAGCAGGUGGUUCUCCUGGCCAUUAAAGUCAGCGGUUUUCUUGUCUGGCUUGUGGGCAUUACUCUAAUGGCGUAUUUUUAUCGUAUGGUUUACAUCGAAACGCAGAAACUGAAGGGAAGUCAAAUCGGCCGAGAUAAUGCUCAAGUGAAAGCAAGAAUAGAAAGCAAAAUUAACGACAAUGUGCUUUUUGUGACAAUAGCCGUUCUUGUCUUCAGUGUUCCCUUGGUAACAGUCUUAAUGAUUGCGCAUUUCUUCCCAAUUUUACAUAGUUUUAGUGUUUUCCGAUGGGCGGAGAUUUUUCUCCAGUUUAACGCUCUGGUGAAUCCAGCCAUCUACUUCUAUAGAAACAACCGCUAUAGGAAAGCUGCAUUAACGUUUUUAACAUUUAGGAGGCCCAAAAAGGUUGGGGUAAAAAUAGUCACAAAGUGCCGUGCAAAUGUCGUGCGUGCAUCUCGUACGAGGCGGUGCCAUGUUGGAAAACUACUGGAGGACGAGCCCAGCCGAGUCUCUUCACGAUUACAGUCUUUCACCAAAGACGCACACAGGGCGGGCUGGAAAACGUGGGGUGGAGUGUCAGCAAACACACCGAAGCGGCGCUACGAUUUUAUUUUGUUCUGGCAUGUUGGAAAACUUGUGGACGAUGAACGCAGCCGACCCUUCCGACGGUCAUACUCUGUCACGGAAGAGACACAUGGGGACAGAAAAACGUGGGGUGGAGUGUCAGUAGGCACACCAAUGAAAAAAAGGUCAUCUUCAUUGUUAACAAACAGAGAUACCUUACGUAAGUAG